AAUCAGCUGCCACAGCCACGUGACCCUCAAGUGAGCAUUACAGAGGAGUGACCAUAUGGUUUCAUCUCUUCUGAAUAAAUGAAGAAGGCGGUUAUGAAAGCCCAGCACUUACCUUCUGUUUCCAUCAAUGAGGAGAAGUGUAUAACCAGAGAGCAGCUCGCUUCUCUGCUGAAGACAUAUAACUCGUAUUAUUCUGAUCAAGAAAACCUGCAGCUGUCAUAUAAUCAGCCAGAAGGCAGCAAGCCAUUUAUUGAAGGAAUCUUGUCAAUAUUUUGGGGAAUCCGGCAUCCUAUCCGAUUAAAAAUUCAGGAUGAGAAACAGAUACCUUCUUUUGUGACCCUGAAAUCAACAGAGAACAUUAGUUUGUUUGCCAGUAAAAGGGGGAUGACGCGCUGGGGAGAAUUUGAUAAUCUACAUCAUAUUAGUGGGGAGACACUGAAAUCUGCAGAAGAGAAGUUAAACGUGGAGAAAAGUUAUUCAUGUUAUGAAAGCAGCACUCUGCAGUCCAAGAGCGAGCAGGAACAUGACUCUGCUACCCUGCCCAGAGCCCUGAGUGACGCCACAGUGGUGAGAAAGAGGACCAAGUUCCCCAUGAUCGCACGAACAGAAGUGGAAACUCACAGGUUUUCUAUUAAUGGACACUUCUACAACUAUGAGACAUCAGUUUUCACUCCAGCUUUUGGAUCAGAAACCAAAAUUCGAAUAAACAGCCGUAUGAGAACACGGGAAGUGGUAGAGCAGCUGCUUCGAAAGUUUAAGAUAGAGAACAGUCCCCAUGAAUUUGCCCUUUAUAUUAUCCAUGCAUCAGGAGAAAAGAAACAGCUGAGGAGUGGAGACAUCCCCUUACUGCACAGGCUCUUACAGGGGCCUUCAGAGAAGAUUGCCCAGUUUUUUCUCAUGGACAGGGAUGCAGAGGAGGUCAGCAGUGAUGUUGCUCAAUAUAUUCAGUUUCAUCUUCCCUUUUUGGAAUCAAUUCUGCAUAGAUUGAAUGAAGAAGAAGAACAGGAGAUUCAGCAGACAAUUGCAAAAUACCUUAAAGAGAAGAGUAUAAUAUGUCAGCACCUUCGUAGUCGAGCUGUCAAGAAAACGGAGACUACUGUUUGACAUGCCUGGCCUAUUGUGGAUACUACCCAUGACCUGUGCCAAAAACCAGUCGGUAUAUUGUCUUGAUCUUGAAAAUAUGAUGAAUGUGCCAUAACUGAAAAACACUUACAGCAUAUAGGUGUUUAAAUUCCUAAAGUUUCUUUGGUUUAGGCGAGUGAGACUGAACCUACUCCAUUACAGUUCUGGAAUACAAGUUGUAACCACCUUCAAAGAUGUGUGAAACCCUUUAAAUGACAAAUGCUGAGUCCAACUCAAAGUUCAGCAAGGAAACA